AUGGAUCCCCCAAGAGAACAUCUCAAAAAGCUGAAGAAAAGGCGCUCAAGCCUUUUUGCCAGUAUUAAAAUUGGAAGCUUUUCGCAGAGCAUUGACGAAGAGGAAAGUGCCUUUCCUUUUUCACAAGACAGUUCUGUGAAACCAUGGACGUCCAUGGACAACUUGGACAGCCCAGCAAACAAAUUAGAGGGAUCGCAAAAUGCGGAAAAUGAGAAAAACAAGGAGAGAGAAAAACCAAAGUUUCCCAACAGACACUCGCGCACUAUCAACAUUAAUGUAGGUGGUAAGGUCUUUAAUAUUCCGAAGCAUCUUGCUAUCCGAUAUCCUAAAACCAGGAUAGGCUCCUUAGCUUUAUGUACUGAUCCUGUCAAGCAGCUGACACUUUGCGAUGACUACUGUGUGCUUACCAAUGAGUUUUUCUUUGACCGGGACCCCACCUUCUUUCAUUACAUCUUUCACUUCUACUAUAGCAAUGCACUUUGGGUUAUGGAGAGUCUGUGCCCUAUCAAUUUUGAGGAAGAGAUGGAGUUCUGGGGCCUGAGUUUGAAGGAUACUCCGCGCUGCUGCCGCAUUCUCUAUGAGGAGAAAGUGGAUGAACUGAGGGAACAGUUGAAAGUGAAUAGGGAGCUGAUGGCUGAAAUAGAGCCCAUGCACAAUGAGGAACGUUUCAAGACCAUGUUUUUAGGUGGCCUCCGGAAGUCUCUCUGGGACCUGAUGGAGAACCCAUACUCUUCACUGUCAGCCAAGGCCUUUGCUGUAUUCUCCAGCCUCUUUGUCCUAAUCUCUAUUGUGGCAAUGACUCUCAACACUGUAAGCGAGUUGAAAACCUACAAAAUCUAUGGUAGAACCUACAUGGAAUGUAUAGAGAUCACUUCGAUUCUUUUCUUUACCUUCGAGUACUUCCUCCGUCUCUUGACCACAUGUGAUAUUUUGCAUUUUCUGAAGAGUGCACUUAACUUUGUAGACUUAGUGGCUGUCAUGCCCUAUUUCAUCCAACUGAUAUUUGAGGCUUUUGCCGACCAGGAAGACCUCAACGUCCAAGAUGACCUCAAGACAAUGGCCAGAGUCAGUAAGGUCAGCAAAGUGCUCAAAGUCGUUAAACUCAUGAGAAUCUUUCGAAUCCUGAAGCUGGCAAGGCAUUCGACAGGCAUGCGGGCAUUUGGAUUCACUCUACGGCAAUGUUUUGAGCAAGUGUGCUGCCUUUUCCUCUUUAUCACUAUGGGUAUCUUCACAUUCUCUGCCCUGAUGCAUUCUGUGGAGCAUGACGUAGCUGGCACUCCCUUCAGCAGUAUACCUGAUGCCUGGUGGUGGGCUGCGGUAAGCAUCUCAACUGUUGGCUACGGCGAUGUGGUGCCUAUCUCCUACCUUGGUCGUAUUGUUGCAUUUGGCUGCAUUUCAUUUGGGAUCAUUUUGAAUGGCAUGCCUAUUUCUAUUCUCUUUAACAAGUUCUCUGACUAUUAUGCCAAGCUGAAGGCCCAGGAGUGCACACACACCAAUGUCCAGCGAACCCUGCAGCUUAAGAAACGCCUCCGACGGAAGUUUGAAAAUUGCUUUGAACCCACUGCUGAGGACUCUGAUGAGGAAAAUGGACACCGUACACGCCAGUGUCAGCACUGA